AUGGAUAAAAUUCACGAAUACUUCUUUAAUCGAAAAUAUGUGGAAUGGAAAAUCCUUGACUUUUUGACAGAGUGCGAAGAACGUUAUUUCAAAAAGAAGAUAGACUUGUACAUAAAAUCACUUAAAAACAUUAUUAAAUCUGAUAUGCGAAAGACAAAGCGAGAAAAAGCACGUACACUAUUAGAUCGGUAUAAGAAGGCAAUAUUGAUCCCGUUGGGGCACUGGCGAACUUCUCGUUUCUUUUGUCGGAUGUUCAAGACUUCUUGUCGACCUGAUGGGAUGGGACGAAAUCAGAUGAAGAAUUGUGAAGGCGGUACUCGGCCUGACCGUCGGGAAGCAAGAACAUGGAGGGAAGAGUGUAAUCGUAAAAAGUGUGCGCCAUCAGUUCACAUUGAGACCAACCAUGGGAAUGUAAGCGGGACCACUAACGGUGGGACCUUUUUUGCUGGAUUAGAGAGAGAUAAGUCAAAGAAAAGAAAAUAUCAAGAAAAUUCCUCAGAGGAUGCUAACUCCGACGAGAGUAUACCCGAGAAAAAAAGACAAUCUGUUUCGAAUAUCCGAUCUUUCAAUGAGGCUAAUGAAAUCGUUAAGGAUACUAUAUUGAUCACAGACCGAAUGUUUACAGAACGAAAAGAAGAAAUGGUCUACAACCCGAUUGAAACGGAAUUGACUCCAAAUGAAAAAAAAGAGACCUUGAUCAAUACACAUGAUGAGGAUAUCAUUGACAAUAUCGUAUUACGUGAUAUGUAUCUCGAUACACAACGGGAAAUCCGUGGCCGUAUCUCGCAAAAGGAUGCAAGUUCACCAUUCUGA